CAUGACCCGACUUUCGCCAUCUAUCAUGACACUAGAGGGCGACAUGUCCAAGCCUAAGAUUAAAUGGAAUCGGCGCGUCCAUUUCUUGUCAAACGUGAGCCAUAGCAGUGUACAAUAAAAAAAAAGAAGAUGGACAGCGAUGAAGAGUUUGAUCGCCGCAGGCAGCGUCGUGACAAGUUCCGUGGUGAGCGUAGAGACUAUAAUGACAGACGAGAAAGAGAUGACAGAAGACGAGAUGAUUGGCAAGAUCGGCGAGGCCAAGUGGGUAGGAUGUCUCCUACUCAGAUGAGAAACAGAAACAGUCGCAACUUUAGGAAUGAGUGGAAUCGCAGGGACUUCCCGGACUACGACAGAGGGCGACAGGACCGGUACAGCCCACCCAACAGACGGCAGGACAUGAGCCCCCCAGCCAAGAGGCAGAGACGAGACUGGGAUGGAGGUAGUUACGGAUAUGAAGGUGGCCAUAGUAACCAAGGAUACGGAGGGUACCAUGGUGGAGGAGGUGGAGGAGGGAUGAGAGGUGGUAGAGGAGGUCAAUAUCAGGGCCAAGGUCACAGUAGCCAUGGCACAGAAGGAGAGUCCGGUGGUCGUGGCGAGAGUGGUUCCAGUCAGAUGCUCAGCUUCAAGCAGUUCUUGGCCAAGCAAGAAGACUCUAUCGACGACCAGGAGGCCGUGAAGAAAUACAACGCUUACAAGCUUGAGUUCCACAAGGCCCAACUCAGCGAGUUCUUCUUGGCUCAUAAGGACGAAGAAUGGUUCCGCGCCAAGUACUACCCAGACGAUUGUGAACGGGAGCAGGAUGAGACCGAAGAAGGAAUUGACCGUCGUCUCAGAGUCUUUCUGGAGAUGCUGGACAGGAAUGAGGUCAACAAGGUUAUCCUGCAGGCUGAUAAGUCGGAGGGAGUCACUCAUCUUUUGGAUGCAGUUGUGAUAAGAUUGGAAGGAGGCAACGAUCUAGACCUAACCAUCCUAGACCAACCAGAGCCAGUCAGGUCCUAUGAGAGAGACCGAACCAUGUCAGAGUCUCAACGAAGCAAUAAAGGAGAUGACAAACAUCAAGAUGACAAGAAAGAAGAAGGCGAAGAAGGUGAAGAAAGGGAUGAUGAUGAUGAUGUCAAGAAAAAGGAGAUGGAAGGAGAUGGAGAGAUUGUAGAGAAAGAAGAUGGAAAAGGAGAUGAUGAACCUGUUCCACCCCCUCCUAAAGAUGAUGACAGCAAAUUAUCCCUGCCAGACCCAAUCCCCCUCCUCCAGCCCAGGAUGAUGAGAAGAAGGAAGAUGAAGAGGAAUGGAGAGACUGGCAGGCAAGGAAAGGAGAGAAAGCGUGGUAAGAAGCGCAAACGUCAGCAUGGCCCAGGGUACAGUGAUAGUGAGAGUGAUAUCAGUAGCAGUUCAGGCAGUGACAUUGAAUCAGAAGAAUCGGACCAUGAGCAGGGAAUGCUUGAACCAGAACCAGCUCCUCCUGGCUUAGAGAGUGGUGCUGAUAAGGGAGCGUUGGAGAGUGAUAACAAGCUUGAGGAAGGAGAAGCAAAGGAAGAAGGAGAGGAAGGAGAAGAAGAAGAAGAAGAAAGAAAGGGGGAAGAAGGGGAAGAAGAAGAAACAAAAGAUCCGGAUGAACCCAAACCCAGAGCGCUCCAUAAGACCUACUCCAUCUUCAUCAGGAACGUGGCACCUAUCAUCAAAAAGGAGGAGAUUGUUUCACUAUGUAAGCGAUACAAAGGAUUCAUGAGAGUGGCCCUUGCUGAUCCACAGCGAGAUAGGAACUUCCAGCGCCAUGGAUGGGUCACCUUCGACAGGACGGUCAACAUCAAGGAAAUCUGCUGGAAUCUUAGCAGCAUUAGGCUAAGAGACUGUGAACUCAGUCCCGUUGUCAACCGAGACCUGGCCCACCGCAUCCGUGCCGUCAGUGGCAUCACCGCCCACAAGAACAUCGUCAAAUCUGACCUCAAGUUGGCAGCGCGCCUCGUCCAGGUCAUGGACCAGAAACAAGAACUCUUCACCGGUGAGCCCGGAUGGGAUCUGAAGAAGCAGAAGAUGAAGGAUGACAAGAGGAAGAAGAAAGAGCACGAGGAGAAAGAGAAGAAGAAAGCGGAGGCUGCAGCAGCAGCCGCGGCGGCAGCUGAAGGAGAGAAGGGAGAUAAGACAGAGAAGACGGAGAAGACUGAGAAGACAGAGAAGACUGAGGAGGGUAGCAUUGAGGAGAAAGAAGAAACACAGCCUGCUAAACAAGAGCCCAAAGAGCCGUUGCCUGCGAGAAACCCAAUCCUUGAGAACAUCACAGACUACCUUGUAGAUGAGUUGAGCGCUGAGGAAGAGGUACUGCUUGGCAUGAAGGCUGAUGGACAGGAAGAGGGCCAGGAGAUGGGAGACAUCACCUUUGAGAAGGAUGACCACCUCUGCAAGGUUCUCGAUCGUCUCUUGUUGUAUCUUCGAGUGGUUCACUCGUUGGAUUACUACAAUGCCUCGGUGUAUAAGAUUGAGGAUGAGAUGCCAAACAGGUGUGGCAUCAUGCACUGCAGAGGACAGAAUCCACCCAAUCGCCUUUCUCAAAGAGACGUGGAAAACUGGCAGAGUAAUUUUGAGAACAAGAUUCAGCCUCUCAUCAACGUGAAGACCAAGAUGUCUGAUGAAGAACUCGGCAAACUUGGAAAGAAAGAUCAGGAAAUGGAGGUGGAGAAGUUCAUCAAGGCCAACACCAAGGAACUCGCCAAGGACAAGUGGCUCUGUCCUCUCAGUGGGAAGAAGUUCAAGGGACCAGAGUUUGUGAGGAAACACAUCUUCAACAAGCAUGGCGACAAGAUAGAAGCAGUCAAGAAAGAGGUGCUUUUCUUCAACAACUACCUCCAAGACUCGAAUAGACACAAGGUUGUAGAAGCUGCCAAGCCCAAGCCAUCCCAGCCCAGCAGUAGCGAAAGCCAGUCACAAGACUCAGGUUACAAUGGGCAGAGGAGCGGCAGGAACUACCAGCAACAGGGUAGCUAUGAAGGAGGCAGAGAUAGGGGUCAGCAGGGAUACUCACAGAGUAGCAGAGGCUUCAAUCAGUCCGGACGUGGAGGAUAUGACCAAUCUUAUGGUGGAGGCAGUUACUCCAGCCAGGGCGGCAACCAGAGGAACUUUCAUCGAAGGGGUGACCCACGCUCUCUAAUCCAGUACCGGGACCUUGAUGCCCCAGAUGACAGCGAGAUCUUCUAAACCUCUUCACACUUUCUUUCUUCCGAGGACCAUCUCAUAAUGGAUCCUUUCUAUUUUUGUACAUAUCUCUGCUUCCUUUCUGUGUACAUCACAUGUAUGAUGGCAUUGUGAUGACAGUGUUUAGGUAUGGGAAGAUCAGUGCUUCACGCAUUGUCAGUUCAGUGCUCGGUGUUUUGUCAGUUGGUGGUUUAGGCAUUGUCAAGUCAGUGUUUGAAACAUUGUAAAUUCAGUGCUUCAGACAUUGUCAGUUGAGAGUUGGGGGCAUUAUCAGAUCAGUGCUAACAGUAUUGUUAGUGCAGUGCUUAAGGCAUCCGAUCAGUGCUAACAGUGUUGUUAGUUCAGUGCUUAAGGCAUUAUCAGAUCAGUGUCAACAGUAUUGUUAGUUCAGUGCUUAAGGCAUUAUCAGAUCUUUGCUUACGGCAUUGUCAGAUGAGUGCUUCAGGCAUUAUCAGAUCAGUGCUAAUAGUAUUGUUAGUUCAGUGCUUAAGGCAUUAUCAGACCAGUGCUUACAGUAUUGUUAGUGGGAACAACUGAUUAUUGCUUGAGUCAGUGUAUGGUCAGUGUUAUUACGCUUUAUUACUUUUAUGCUCGGUGUAUUGUAAGACCAUCUAGACAUUGUGAGAUAAUGUGCUUCUUGACUCUACAACUAUCCAUUUAGUAUACUCUUUCUAAUACAUUUUGGCUGCUACUAGUAGUGGAAUGGCAGGUUUUACAGAGUUGCUGCUGACCUCGUUUGUAAUAAUAUUUUAAGUGCUGUAUCAGAAAAUGUAAAUCAAAACCUGAAAAAAUGACAUGAAACUUCCUCGAGUUGUCAGGGACAGAACUUUUUCCUCGCAAGAAACUUGUGAAUUGGAAAAGUUUGAUACCGGUCAUGUUGUUAAUCAACUAUUUUGCAGCAUGAAUCUUUCCCAAAUCACGACUUCAUGCAAACUUCAUGAAAACUUCAUCCACGUGAACGCUUUUUGUUUUUGUUCUACAUUUUUGUGUCUUUUCAAGGCAAGCAUAAGGUAGUUUUUGAUAUGUCAUAUACUUAACAAUUUAAUACCAACAGUAGUCUCAUAUCUUUCGUCAUCUAAAGAGUAAGCUACUUUGUCUCCUUUACAAAUUUACCUGUAAAACAUACCAUUUACAAGGUUUAAAUCUCUAGAUAAAUUGAUACUUCUCUCAAUGUUCGCAGCUUUUUUAGUACUGGUUGUGAACUUGGUUCUCUUUGGUUUAUGUAUUUCCACCUACCUUGAGAAUCAGUUGGGAAUACACUCCAAAAGUAAGAAGCAAUUUCCUCAAAGUAAAACCAAAGUCAUAGCCUAAAUGCUUGUUAUGUAACCUGCCAGUGGAUAUUUGUGUUAUGCUGGAAUAACUAUUGUAUUGUGAUUUGUUUUCCAUUUGUGUUAGACACUCUUAUCUCCUUUGUUUUUAUGAGAGAAAACUUUUUGUUUGUUCAAGCCCAAUACAUAUUUAUUUUGAUAUAUGCAACUACUGUACACAAUGGUUCAACUUAUGUUUUCUUCUGUUUGGAAGGAUGCAUUGAACCUAUGCCAGAGGUCUAUUCAUACAAGCAAUGUUAUUUUGUAUAAAUACUGAUAGUCUACCAAAUAUACUACUUGAUGGAUGUUAAUUGGCAUUGUGGGCCUAAUUUGGCAUGUGGGAAUACGUGAAAAGUACCAAAACCAAUACCAUUCUUUAAUAGCGCAUCAUACAGAAUUGAUUUAAUGUUCAUGGCCAUGCCAGUGUAUUUCAUAUUUAGCUGGAAAAUUGAAGUCGGGCUUAACGUUUUGAGAAAUUAGUAAUUUUUAAAUGUGUAUUUGAGAUUUAAUCGGAUGCUUAUUUUUUACAUUUGAGGUUUUGUACAUAGAAAUGGCAUUGAAUAGUUUGAGCCUCGAAAAAGAAAAGAAAUGAAAUGUUUUAAUUGAGAAAUGCAGUCAAAUGAAACAAUAAUCUGUUACUAGUUGCAAAACAAAACAUACAAUCAUUCCCAACAGUUUGAGUAAAUUCGAUGAUAAUAAAGUAAAGUCAGUGAUAUAAAAUA